AUGAAGCUCACGAACCAGUCCGAGGUGCCGGUAUACACCAUCUCAGGAUCGAACACUGCACGGCCGCUGCCAGAGUGGCUUGCGCGACGCAGAAAGCGCAGUUUGAAAAAUGAUCCCGAAUAUGCGAAUCGGAUCGAGCUGUUGCAGGACUUUGAGUUCGAAGAAGCCAGCCAAUGUAUUCGGGUCAGUGAGGACGGCGAAUGGGUUAUGAGUACUGGUACCUACAAGCCGCAAAUCCACACCCAUUACCUCCCGCAGCUUUCUCUGUCCUGGGCACGUCACACAGAUGCUUUGAAUACGACAUUCCUUCUCCUCUCCUCAGAUUACUCCAAAUCUCUCCACUUACAAUCCGACCGGUCCCUCGAAUUCCACACGCCUUCAGGCUGCCAUUACCGGACAAGGUUACCGCGGUACGGACGUGACUUGGUCUACGAUCGAUACUCUACGGAAGCAAUGGUCCCGUCGGUCGGCGUGAAUCAGGAUGGCAUGGGCGAAGUGUUCCGACUGAACCUGGAGCUGGGUCGGUAUAUGCGGAGUUUCGAAAUCGAUGUCGGCGGCGAUGACUUCACCUCCGCUGGUGGAGGAUCACUACAGGGUGGGAUCAACACGGGAGCGGUCAACACCGCUGCCAUUGCCGAGGAGAGCCACGGCCUUCUUGCUUUUGGUACGACACUGGGCACGGUCGAGCUGUGGGAUCCCAGAGCGAAAGGCCGGGCAGCCGUGUUGCUGCCACCCACGCAAGCCGGACCGGAUGAUGCGCGGUCUGAAAUCACAGCCUUGGAGUUUCACCGGUCUGGUCUGACGCUCGGAACGGGAUCUUCCAACGGUCUCAUCCAUUUGUACGAUCUUCGGUCUCCCGUUCCGCUCCUCAAGAAGGACCAAGGAUACGGGUUCCCCGUUCACACGUUGAAAUUCCUGCAGCCUUCGUCUCACACGCGCGAACAAACCCUCGAGCCCAAGAUUAUGUCGGCCGACAAGAAGAUCAUCAAAAUCUGGGACCCUCGUGAUGGUCGUCCGUGGACGUCUGUCGAACCUGCUGUCGACAUCAACUCCGUGGCCUGGUGCCAGGAUAGUGGAAUGCUCCUCACUGCCAACGAAGGCCGUCAGCAGCAUUCGUUCUUCAUUCCCCAGCUCGGUCCCGCGCCGAAGUGGUGUUCGUUCCUGGACAAUCUGGUCGAAGAGAUGGCGGAAGAUCCCAACGAUCCCAACGCGUUCAGCACCGGCCAAGCUGGCACCGUCUACGACAACUACAAGUUCUUGACGGUACCACAGCUCCGCAACCUGAACCUGGAGCACCUGAUUGGUCGGACUAAUCUCAUGCGCCCUUACAUGCACGGUUACUUCGUUGCUCAGCGUUUGUAUGAGGAGGCCCGGCUGAUCACCAACCCGUACAUCUGGGAGGAAGAGCGCGCAAAGAGAGUCAAGGAGAAGAUUGACAAAGAGCGCGAGAGCCGCAUCCGCGGCAAGAAGAAGGUCGCCGUCAAGGUCAACAAGAAGUUGGCCGAGAAACUGCUCGCCGUGGAGGAGAAGAAGGAGCGUCGCAUGGCACAGCGUGUCCUCCGACAGGGAGGCGACGAGCCUGAGAAGGCAGCGACCGACACGCCCGCUACGGAAGACUCUGAGAAACCCACCAAGGGUCUCUUCGGUGACGGUCGGUUCGCCCAACUGUUUGAAGAUGAGGACUUCGCUAUCGACGAGACAUCGCGUGAAUUCCAGCUCCUCAAUCCCAGCACUGCCCCCGAUCCGUCCACCGCAACGACCACGCGGAAGGAGCGUGGGCUCACCGCCGUGGAGCAAGAAGAACUCGAUGAGGUUCCUGGCUCCAGCUCGGACGAGUCCUCCGAGAGCGAGUACGAGAGACCCGCGAAGACGGAGUCCUCUAACAAGAUCUCCACAUCGUCCUACAAGCGUACCCGCCGUCCUCAGCCGCAAAUGCAAGUUUCCUCCUCGUCUAAUGUGCAUUCUACCCGCGAUCGCUCGUUUGGUUCUCGCGCUCAGAAUAUGAAGGCGAAACAGAAGCCGUCCCGUCGGGGUGGCGUUGUCGGUGAGCGGGAGGUCACCUUCACGCCGCACGUCAAGUCGAAACAACCUCGGGCUGCUGCGCCAGAGCAGUCCCGCGAGUCCAGCUUCCGAUCAAAGGAACGUCGCAGUGCGUCGCGCAAUACUUUCCGGGGGAUGUGA